CCCGCUUUGACGGCUGGGCAGGAUUACGAAUGAAGGGGUAUAGAUGCUGUUUGGUUUGCAUAAGUAGUUAAAGAGGAGAGUACACUAGCCGAUAGCAUAAAAAGCUCCGGAUCAUGAUUUUGGGGGGAGGGCCGAAAUACCAAACCCUCAACACCACCACCCUCAGCCCAUAAUCCAACCAACCAAAUCUUGAAGGCAUGGCAUCAGACAACCGCAACAACGACAGCACUCCUGCACUCGGCAUCCCAAACCGAUAUAUAACCACCCACGAUGCCGAGGGCAAGUCCAUCUUCUCGACCGCGUUCCCCCCGGCACUCACCCCGCGGGGCGUCCCCGGGAUGCAGUACUUCGAAGGUUAUGAGGUCCUGGAGGUGCCGCUCAAUAUGACGGACGAGGCGGAUCUUAAAGCGUUCCAAGCGCACUCGGCGACGGCCCCUGACCGGCUGCACUUCCCACGCGCGGGCACGGUGCUGCGCUACUGCGACUGGGCGCCGGGCUGUGCCAUCCCCAUGCACCGCACCGAGUCGAUCGACUUUGGCACCGUGCUGAAAGGCGAGCUGGAGCUGACGCUCGACUCGGGCGAGAUACGACUGAUGAAGGCGGGCGACAGCAUCGUGCAGCGCGGUACCACGCAUGCUUGGCGCAACCCCAGCGCGACAGAGCACGCCCGCGCCGUCUUUGUUGUGCAAGGAUGUCCACCUGUCAAGGUUGGCGGAGUGGAGAUGACGGAGAUGCUUCCUUGGGAUAAAAAGGAUUAA